AUGAGUUCAGAAGAUGAUGAUUUCGAAAUGGAGGAGGUAGAGGUUCCUAAAGCAUCUGGAAAUGACGUAUUAGUUGAUAGAAUACCUACAAAUAAUACCGUAACCUCGUCUGCCAAUAAUGCCACCGAUGAUGAUGACGAUGAACAGUGGGAGGAAGUAGAUCUCCCGGGACAGCCUACGACGUCUACUCAGGCACCAGAAACGGGUAUACAGAUUACUAUAACUGAUAAAUCUGCUGAGAAAGGUAGAGAAAAGGAUAGCGAAACAAAAUCUAGAAGAGCCGGUCCAUCACCUGAAGAGCGUGCAGCUAGAUUAGCAUCUCACAAAAUACACGCCGUUGCCUUAAUCGCCAAUGCGAAACAUAGAAAUAAGCUUUUAAAUGACGAAUUAUUACACGCACGUAUGUUAUCGCUAUUACCGCUGCACUAUCAACUCGCAUUCUCUUCUCUCACCCCAUCAAACAUACCAGAUCCAAUCGAGAGAAGUAGAAAGUUCGAUAAUGCGCUCAAAAGAUUAAUAGAUUGGUGGAGAAUUAGUUUCGAAGUUGACUACAACUUAAAGACGCUCCUUACUACGCCAUUUGCGGAUGUGCAAGAAGAUCUCAAAAAGAAGAGAUACAAAGGGAAAGGAAAAGAACGUGAUAAAGGGGAAAUGGAGACCAGCAACAAUUACGAAGUAAUAAGAUCAGAAAAAAGUCUCCAAAAGCGUGCUUUACAAAUGAGAGGAAGUAGAGACAUGUCAGCUCAGCUUUUCACUGCACUUUGCAGAGCCCUCAACGUACCGGCAAGAUUGGUUACUUCAGUACAAGCGGUGCCAUAUAGAGUACAAUCGCAGACAGCAUCCAAACCUGUCAUAUCUAUAGAUGAUUCCUCUGAUGACCCCGAUAAUGGUCUAUCCAAAAAGGAAAAGUUUAUGACCUGGCAGCAACGUCAGAAGAGUGGUUUCAAAGGCGAUGAUGAUGCGUUUAUAAGAGGGGAAGCUGUAGUCGCAAACAAAGCACCUCCUCAAAUAAAACUUACAAGUCAUUACAGAAAGUCGAAUAAAAGACGAACAAACAAUAGUAGUGAUUUUAGCACUUCUUCACCGCCUGUUUUCUGGACUGAAGUCUUCUCAAGACCAGAUUGCCGUUGGAUAGUUGUCGAUCCUAUACGCAACAUGAUACGUACUAAAGCACGCAAUAUGAUGGACCCUCAAUCAUUAUACAAGUACAACAAAAUGACUUAUGUCGUUGCCUUUGAGGAAGAUGGAUAUGGCAAAGACGUUACACCGAGAUAUGCGAAACAAUUUGCUACACGUACCGUCAAGCAGCGUCCACCCUCUAAAAACUUUGACUGGUGGGAUACAAUUGUUCGUAAAAUUGAACGACCAUACCGACUCGCAAGGGAUGAUACUGAAGAUGCAGAGUUGCAUCAAGCACAAUUCAGCGAACCGAUGCCACAAUCGAUGCAAGGGUUCAAAGACCAUCCAGUAUAUGUACUUGAGAGACAUCUCAAACGUGAGGAAGUCGUGAAUCCUCCAAGAGAAAUAGGCAGAUUUAAAGGUGAAAUAGUAUACCCUAGGGCUAAUGUUCAACUUCUCAAAACAUCUGAGAAUUGGUUGAGACAGGGUAGAGUGGUAGUGGAAGGUGCUCAGCCUCUAAAAAGGGUGAAACAACGUGCUGUUACUAUCAAUAAACGUAGAGUGCAAGAAGCAGCCGCUUUGGCUGGUGAAGAAGAGAUAAUGCAGGCUUUAUAUGCUCGCAACCAAACUGAGUUGUAUAAGGCACCACCGGUGGUUAAUGGAAUGGUGCCCAAAAAUAAAUUCGGCAAUGUAGAUUUAUACGUGCCAAGUAUGUUACCUGAAGGUGCCGCACAUUUACCUCAUAAAGGAAUAGCCAAGAUAGCCAAAAAGCUGGGUGUUGAUUAUGGUGAAGCAGUGACAGGGUUUGAGUUUAGGCAGAGGCGAGCCAAUCCUGUCAUCAGCGGUAUUGUUGUAGAUGCAUCCCAUAAAGAUACCAUUUUGGAUGCCUUCGACGAAUGGCAAUCGGAGCAAGCAGAAAAGGAGCAUGAUAAACAGCUUAAAGAGGUGUACAAACAGUGGCAGAAGCUUGUGCAAGGCUUGCGCAUUCGAGAGCGUCUCAAGGAGUAUCGAGGUGCUGAUCAACAACCACAUGAAAGGAUUGAAGAGGACUCUGAGAAUCAGCUGCAAGGGGAUAGCUCACAUUACCAACCGGGCAUCUAUGAGCAAUCUUUGGAUACCAUUACCAAAGCCAAGAAGGCAUUACCAUAUAGUAGACUCAACGAAGCUCAAGAUGAGCUGCCUACGCCUAAUGGAUCAACCACCAAUGAAGGCAUCAUUGACGCAAACUUAGAGGAGGUACCGAUAGAUGACACAGACGAGAACAAAAUGGACAUAAACGUACCAGCGAAGAUUGGCCAGCCAGUAUCACUUGAUGUACUGAUCGAGCAGCAAGAACAAGCCAAGCAAAGUAGUAGUAACAUUCGUGUUGCCAAUGGGGAGGGAUACCCGACGAGGCACUCAAAACGAGCCAGAGAACCUUCUUCAGAUGUUGCUACGCCUGGUACCAAACGAGUUACACGCUCUCGUAUCUCGAAUAGUGCCAGAGAUGCAGCUCGGAAGGAGAAUGAAGAGGCAGUUAAAAGUGCAUUGGGUAUUACCGAUGAGAUUGAAGAUGAUGAUGACGAGGAAGAAGACGAAGUGGUUGACAUAUCUAGUGACGAGUAG